AGUUAAUGACAAAAGGCUUUGUGAGCGGUGCGAUGACGACCGUGUUGGCCAAUUCUUGCAUGGAUAUUAUUCAGAAUAUUGCAGAAGCCAUCCUGGAUGUUGUGAUGCCACAGGUCUACAGAUACAUGAGAAUCUACGGCUCCUUUUCUCCAACCGUCCUCGGUUUAACUGAGGACCGAAUCCACGCCUGCCUUAGGGAUUCUAUUGAACUGGCACUGGCUAACUGCCUGAGGAUCAAAGUGGAGAAUUUUCUGGCCACCAAGGUGUUCUCCCAGUUGCUUUUGAGACACAUUUCAAAGACGAUCAACUCAGUCUUGGCUUUGUCCACUCAGACUCCCAUUCUGGAGUCCAGACUCCCAGUGUUUUUUGUCAGCGGCUGUGUAACUUCCAUUACAGACCUUAAAGAUAUGGUUUAUGAGAUUGUCACCAUACUGACGGGAGCCCUCGAAGGUCGAGGUCAGUCAAGUCAGAUUGCAUUGUGUGAACCCAGUGGAAAAGUGGAGUUCCCCAUAUUUUGUUUAACUCCCAGAGGUGACUUGAAAAAAAUUGUGAAGACUUACAUAAUCCGCAUGGUGAAAGUCCUAAAAAAUGGAGCCCAAAUGCCACACUGUGAAAUUAGCUCUUCCAACCAUAGAGAUAUUUGUAUUAGAGUUGGCACAAACAUACACAUUUUGCCUGUGGAACACAGUGAAUCACAUGGACAGCAGUCUGCUACAUCUUCCUCUCCCUCUAGUGGGGUGGAUGCCAUACCAGGUGCAGUACCUGACAACGACACCACCGAUUCUCAUUCUGAGAGCUGUCCCAGUUCAGUUACAAUAAUUGGUGCAGCGGAGGACCAUUCUUUCAGUCAUUUAGGCCCCAAUGAGAUUGAUUCUAUUAAAAACAUAGCUGACGAAAUAGUCCAUGCAUUUUUGGGAGAAGAUUUGCAGGGGGCUGCACAGGCAUGCAAGUGUCAAAAAGCUGUCCACAGUGAGCAGGAGGUUGUUGACAUUGAUAAAAUAAGAAAACUCACGGACAGAAUCUUUAAUGUUGUGAUGAGUGGACGUGACUACCAGAUUCCAUCAAUGCCAGCUGGAACACGCAUAUGCAAAACUGUGACCUGUAGAAAGCUGAGGAGAGGGAACUUCCCCAACCCAAGCAUCAUUGCUCGUGCCCUUUACAUGAGGACAGAGGAGGUUGUUACUCGUUGUGCUGUGCAGGUUCACCUCUGGUCAGAACUACGCCAAGAGGGGUCUGAUUGUCCAUCUCCACUCACUUUUGACGAAUUGUCUGAUGAUCCUGACUUUGUGCUUGUACCAAGUCAUGCAGCAGGAGACCAUAAAGAAGUAGUGUUUUUAAAUCCUCCUUCUCAUUGCAAUUCUUCAAUGUCGAGUCAAGAUUCUAAUGCCACAUAUGAUGCAAUCCCAAAGCCACCGGAGCCAACGCAGUCACAGUUGCAUGGAGACAUUGUGCACAUAUCCCUGUUGAGUCUGCUGGUUGGGGAGAUGCUCACUGUCAUUGGUAUUAAAAACAGUGAAAUUAUUUUUGAGGUUAUAAAGAAACUGAUUAAACAGCUUCAAGAUGUAGACCCUAAGGUGUACAACCAUUUCCACGCCUCCCUGAUGGGUCGGAGUUAUAAAGACAUUUACCAGAAUGCCAUCACCGACCUCCUGCUGGAAUUUGGUUCUAUACAAGUGAUGCAGGAGGCAGUGAGAUCAGGGGAUCCAAAUUUUGAGGAGGCUAUUUCGAGAGAACUGAGGAAACAGCUGAGAAUUCCUACAUCUCCAGUGUCUCGUGGAAAGGCAGCCGAGAAAAUGUUUGGUUUCUUCAAAACACUUAAAAGACUGUGCUGCAGAAAAACUUCAAAGAAGUCCGGCAAGACCACCACUGUUCUCUCCCUAACCAGUGACCAGGACGAUAGCAAGCUACUGGACCAUCUGAGUACAGAAGAACCUCUGAAAGGACAAACCGUGCAAAGUGAGUCCAUUUCCAUUGCUAGAACACUGUGCAGACUAUUCAUCACUUGCUUCAGCCCAAAGAGCCAGUAAUGCUUCUGGGAUUUUGGGCUUCAGAGUGGCUAUAGAGAUGUGUUGUGAAGUUUCACCCAACCUCUUGUUGACUGGAGCCACUGCAGGUAAAUUGUCAAGAAUCCUCAAAUUUAUAAUAAAAAAACAUUCCU